AUGACGAGCCUCCGACAGCUGGCCCCCCUCCUGGGCAUGGCCCUCUUCGCCGGGCACGGCGCCUGCAGGGGCCCCUUCCUCACCCAGGUCGACAACCAGACGUGGGUGUUUGGCAACGACCUGUGGAACGUCACCGAGGGGAAGUACUACGCGACGAAGCUGUUCUCGAGCAUCCUCCCGGGCCAUGAUCUCGUCGGCGGCGCGGCGGGGCACUACGCGGGGAUAGACGGCGAGAACAACUUCGAGUGGACCGCCGCCAACAUAGUCUCGCGGGGCCCAGACCACAUCGACAUCGCCUUCAGCUCCGCCUACGCCGACCUGCACUGGGUGGUCUUCGACGGCCUGCAGGGCGCCUACCAGUACGUGGUGAACAAGGCGCUGCCGGACCUGGAGAUCAUCCGGACGCUGUGGCGGCUCGACAACGCGACCUUCACGCGGGGGCGGACCCACGUCAAGGACGAGCCCCUGCCCGACUUUGCGCUCUACGGCGGCAGCGCGUCGACAAAGGUGCAGGACGAGACGUGGCAGCUCGCGGGCGGGGGGUACAUCACCAAGUACGACUGGAGCAACUACGUGCGGGACAGGGACUUUUACGGCGUCUACGGGCCGGGCGUCGCUGGCUCAUGGUGGAUCCAUCCUUCGACCGAGUACUUCUCGGCGAGCCAGCUCAGCCAGACUUUGACUGUCCACCGCGAAUCGGCAACGGGCGAUGCCGUCCAGCUCAACGUGUUCCAAGACACGUCGCACUUCCGCGUCGGGGCCGACACCCACUUGCCGGUGGGCAAGAUCUUCGGGCCUUGGCUGUGGUACCUCAACAAUGGCUCCGUGGAAGACGUCGCGGAGCGCCGCAGGCAGGAGCUGCAGAAGUUCCCCUACAGCUGGCUGCCAGACGGGGCCUACCACAGCCGCGGGGAGAUCACGGGCACCCUGCGCCUCUCAGACGGGCGUCCUGCCUCGGGGGCCGCCGUCUUCCUGGGCGACACGGACACGUCGACCAGGCCGCUGGUGCAGGGGGACAACUACUACUACACGACCACGGCCGGGGCAGACGGGUCCUUCUCGCUCGGCGACGUGCGCGCCGGGUCGUACGGGCUCUACGCGUGGUCCAACGGCGGCGACAUCGCAGACGUGUACACCAACACCACAGUGGCGCCCAUCACCGUCGAGACAGGCAGGACAACGGCGCUGGGGGAGGUAGGGUGGGCACUGCCGACAGGGCGCAGGCAGAUCUUCCAGGUGGGCGAGUUCGACAAGAAGGCGGCCGAGUUCAGGAACGGCGGGCUGCCGUACCAGCACGGCGCGACGGACGACAGCCCGGCGAACCUGACCUUCAGGAUGGGCGAGUCGGACGCGGCGCGGGACUGGUACUACGCCACCUCCAAGCCGGGGCGGUGGGCGAUCGAGUUCGAGGUGGGCGCGGCGGAGCUGGCGGCGCGCGCCAACGGCACGGCGGUGCUGAGCGUGUCGCUGGCGGGGUACUCGCAGAGCACGGCGGUGGACGUGGACGUCAACGGCGUGGUGGUCGGGACGCUCGGCAAGGACGUGUUCACGAGCGACCCGGCGCUGUACCGGAGCGGCAGGACGAGCGGCGAGUGGCGGUUCGUGCAGUACGAGGUGGGCGCCGCGGAGGUGCUGAGGGCGGGGCGCAACGCGGUCGGGUUCACGGUGACGCGUUCUGUGCAGUGGCGCGGGGUCAUGUGGGAUUCCAUCAUCCUCGAGUGGCAGCAGUAGGAGCAACAAAGGGGAGGCAAGGCUAAGACGUCACCGUGGGGGCGAUCGCGUGCUGCUUCGAGGUUAAUCUACUUCAUCUUUUGUCCAUGGCCCGCCAGCCCGCUUUCUCCCGGCCCAGGCAGUGGUGACGCGAGUGUGAAACCGAGGCGACUGGGCGAGUGAGAUGUCGAG